UUCCUCCAGAUGUGGACUCCUUCACUCACUCGCUCACUGCCUCAGUGAGUGAGAGAGUGAAACCUGAUCCCGCUCCGGUCCAGACCUCAGCGUGAGUGAAGAUGUUGAACACGGAGCACAAAGACACGAGUCCACACUGAGUGAGCAGAUGGUUCUGCUGAGGGAGGAAGAGGGGGAGGAGGAGAAGAAGAAGAAGAGGAGGAAGAAGAACAACAACGAAGAGAAGAAGAAGAGAGAGGAGGAGACGACAUGGCUGAAGAUGUCGUUGGAUUCUGAAAAUCCCUGCGUGUUGUUGUCGCUGCGAGAUUCCAGGACGUCGUGUGUUUUCCAAACAGCUGACGAGAAAGAUGAGUUGCCUGGACUGGGAGAGGAGAGUGUCCUGGAGAUGCUGAGCUACUCAAAGUUCUCUGACCUGGAAACAUGGCUGUGUAUGCCGUCCUCACUGCUGCUGCCCCGGGCUCCGGAGUCCACCCACACCUCCUCUUCCUCCUCCUCUUCCUCACACUCCUUCAAUUCUCCUCCCAUCUCCUCGUCCUCCUCCCGACGCUCCACCUGCAGCGAACCAGGAGAGAGAGAUGCUCAGUUCAGGUUGUCCCUGAAUGACUUCACCUCCUUCACUCCAUCUCUGGGGAAAGGGACGCCAUUUGUGUCCACACCUCACCUCCCCCUCCUCUCCUCUACCCCCACUGAUGUCCCUGUGCCAGCGAGAGACUCCGCCUCCCAGAGCGGCAUCAGGAAACGGCGACGGCUCGCGGCGAGUCCCGGAGGACUACACUGGAACUGUGCAGCGUCUUCGGUGCAGCGUGACCUCUGGUCACCUGAUCCGUCCCCGGGGUCGGCGGUGAGCGCAGCAGCCGUACAAGGUGGCGGUGCGAGGAGCCUCCCCAGAGCAGGGGUGGGCGGGGCAUUGGCGGCGUGCGGCAGCGAGCGGUCGACCUUAAGGAAAACGGCUUCUGUUGACGAGCGACUGCUGCAGCCGGCGAGCGGAGAACACCUGAGGAAGAAGCUCCGCCCCCUCCAUAACACGGGAAACACGGGACGAUACGACACCAGGACAAAGUCUGACAGUAAGAUCUCUCGAUUGGCUCAGAGGUGGAACCACAGGCUGACGUCAGGAGAUGCUCUGAUCAAAGACUUGAGGCCCCUGUUUUACUCGGCGGGAAACCCCCGAUCCUCAUUCAGUCUGGACAGCAGGCAUCUCCCGGGGGUCAUGACCCAGCAGAUGCAGAACCUGCAGUUGUCUCAGACCAGGAAGUGCCCCGGUGGGCCCUCCUCCCCCAGCGCUGCCAAGCGACUUUACAGGAACCUGUCGGAGAAGCUGCGAGGAAGCACCUCCUCCUUUGAAGAUGCCUACUUCUUCGGGAAGACAGAUCGACUCCGCAAGGCCUCAACGAUGCAGGGCAGUGACUGUAUCUUGGAGGCGGUGGAGCAGCAGGACCUGGACGCGGUGCAGAUUCUUCUGUACCAGUUCUCGGCCGAGGAGCUGGACCUGAACACGCCCAACAGCCAGGGUCUGACGCCGCUUGACAUUGCUGUCAUGACCAACAACACGCCCAUCGCCAAGCUGCUGCUGAAGGCCGGAGGCAAGGAGAGUCCACACUUUGUGUGUGUGGAGAGUCGGGAGCAGCACCUGACCUAUCUGGUCACGGAGGCAGAGCAACGAGCGGCCGACCUGGCGGCACAGGCUCAGAGGGACGGCCUCUCCCUGGAGGCGUGUCACAAAGACAAGCAGCUGCGCGCGUGGGAGUGGAGGAGUAAACUUUACCAACGCAUGAGGAAGGGCUUCCAGCACGCACGUCCCCCGGAGGCCCCGUCUGUGGUGCAUCUGAGCGUAAGCAGCAGCUCGACACUGACCGUCACGUUUCAGGAGCCACGAUGUCUCAACUCAACAGUGGUGACCAAGUACAGAGUGGAGUGGAGCUGUCUGAAGGACUUCUCACUGCUCGCUGGAGAGACAGUGCUGGACAAUCUGCAGAGCCUCAGGUUCACCAUCAGCGGCCUCUCCACGGGUCGCCUCUACCACGUCCGAGUGUCGGCGUAUAACAUGAAGGGCUGGGGUCCGUCCGCCGCGUCCCUCCCUCCAUCUGCUUCUCCGUCCAAUUGGAGGGAGGGUGACGGGCGAGAUCCCAGGAGGCGGGGCCACAUCGAGGCCAUGGAGCGUCUACUGCAGCAGGUCCGAGCCACUCACACACACUACUGCUGCGGAGAAACGUCGAAGCUGCAGAACCCGAGCAGGAAGCAGUCGGUGUCGAGGAGCCUCAAACAUCUGUUUAACUCCUCCAACAAGUUUGUGAAAACACUGAAAAGGGGUGUUUACCUCGCAACCGUCUUCUACCAAAAAGAAAGUCUCCUGGUGACGGCCGAGGACCAGAUCCCCAUCGUGGAAGUGGACGACUCGUACGGCAGCUCGCUGAUGCAGGACUUCCUCUGGUUCACCAAGUUGUCCUGUAUGUGGGAGGACGUCCGGUGGCUGAGACAGAGCAUGUCCGUGUCCAUGUCCUCGUCGUCCACGCUGCAGGCGAGACACAAGAUGCUAAUGGCCGCCGCGCAGAUGCAGAAUCUCCUGGGGACUCACAACCUGGGCCGUGUCCACUACGAGCCGAUCAAAGAUCGCCAUGGUAACGUGCUGCUGGUGACCAUCAGAGACACUGAGAGUCAACACUCGCUGUUCAGCGGGAAGUGGAUGCAGGUGAUGAAGCUGCAGAGUCAGAGGAAGUCGCUGUCCACGCCGGAGGAACCAUACGCUCUGGACAUCCUCAUCAUCACCAUCCAGGACAUUUUGGCGUACCAGCGGCGCAGCAACCACCGUCUCGCCCCGGGUCUUUACCUGGGUUACCUGAAACUCAGCAGCUCUGUAGACCAGAUCAAAGUCCUGGUGUCCCAGAGGACCCCGAACAUGCUCUGUCACACCCGCAUACGAGACAACUCCAACGUGUCCAGGGACGAGUGGGACUGGAUCCAGACACUGGCUGCUGCGGGAGACACUGACCACACCCAGGAGGACAGCGAGGAGGUGGGGCCUAGGGCAGAGAGCCACACCCCUUUACUAUACUAUGAGCUACAGACGGCAAUUAAGUCCUUGCUGAAGCUCAUCAACAUUCCUCUGCACCAGGCUCGUCACUUCCGUCUCUACAGUCAGGAAGUGGUCGAGCUCGGUCACGCCGUCUCCUUCCUGCUGCUUCUGCCGGCGGCCGAUGAUGUUUGCUCCGCCCCUGGACAGUCCAACCCCUACAGCCCACUGUCAGGGUUCCUGCACCUCCCACUGCAGAUGUUUGAGCUGGUUCACUUCUGCACCUACAAAGAGAAGUUCAUCAGUCUGUACUGCCGUCUGUCCUCCGUCCUCGACCUGGACGCCCUCAUUACCCAGCAGGCACUGCGGGAGGCCAUCACAGACGGCGAGGUCGCCACCGCCAAACAGCGGCAUCAGCUCAUUCUGGACUACAUUCAGCAACUGGACGAAAUGCGCCGUGACCUCCGCUGGAUCACGGACGCUCUGCAGUGCGCUCGCUACAAACAGCCCAGUGGGGGUUUGGCCAUCACCUGCCUCGUUGACGCCAGCGCUCUGGAGAGCGUCCAGCAGAAAAAGAGUGACUCCACCUCGUCCGCCAUGGAAUACCUGCCCACGCCGUCGCCGUCACCCGAACUCCGCCGCAGGAAAGCCGUCAGCAACUCGCUGCUGGGAUCGGACGAAGACGGAUCCUCGGAGGUCUUUUUACCGACAGACAGCGACUACGACUCCAGUGAUGCCAUGAGCCCCCGCGAACUGGACCUGCUCUACUCGCCCGGACUUUCCCAGCAGGCCUUGCACUCGCUGGGCGGCAGUGCUCCUGACGUGCUCCAGAUCCACGAGCUCAGGUACAGCGUCCGCCCAACCACAGACGUCCCUCACUCUCCGGCCAUAAAGGAACCGAAAGACGCUGUUUCCUCCUCCCCCCUCCUCCCCCACUCUCAUUCUCUCUCUUCCCCCUCCACUCUCCCUCGCUCUCCCUCACUCUCUAAGCCCCUCCCCUCCUCCCCCUCCCUCCCUCUGUCCCCCAGAUUCUCUACAGACCUCCCACUCUCUCCCGCUCUCUCUGACACCACCAGGACUCUGGAGAGUCUGUCUCUGUCCAAAGAGGACGCGGCUCCUCCCCCGACGAUGCUCGUCAACACGCCCGCCAAACGCAAACUCCUGUCCCGCAGUCACCGCGGUCAGUACUUCAGUGGACCGCAGCGCUGGCUGAGGAACCACAGCGGUGAGACGCUGACUGGGUCUUUAUCUGAGGGCGUUUACACCAAGCAUCUAGACCUGGACCUGCCGCUGCCCGGGGACCCGCCCCCACCGCACACCCCCACCUACGUCAGCCAUGUCUCCUGCGUCCUGGAGAGCCGGAGGGGCCGACAGCGCGAGCAGCGGCCUCACGUUCGCCGGAUCUUCGUGGAGCCGUGUAAGAAGCUGUCGCCAGGCAACAAGAGGAGGAGCUGGGAGGAGGAGGAGGAUGUGGAGGAGAUUGGUGUGAAGGCAGCGGGAGCGUCGGUGGUCGUGGCGGAGUCUGGAGGGGAGGGGCUAGAAGGAGCCACAGCCCAGGACGUGGACUCAGACGACCAAACGAACGCGCAGGUGUCGGAGAUUCUGAGCAGCACAUUGUAGAUUUAAAGUGCAACUCACUGUCGCCCCCAUGUGGACAAAACAGGGAAAACUGUGAAGCCAUAACAAUUUAACUUUGUUUUGUUAUCGAGUACGUCUGCAUCUGACCCUAACCCCCAUCUGCAGUGUCCGACGACUCGUUAGUGAUGUUUUUAUCCAUCAUCUGUUGAAACACCUGAACUGGAUCCUCUGGAACAGAACUCUGGAAAUAAACCACAAUCUCAAAUAUUCCUGGUCCUUCAAACUGGAUCCUGGUUCUGAGGUCACAUCCUCGUUAAAAAAACAACAAAAAAAACAACCACGAGAUAAAGGUCAGUCUGCGAUUUUUUUCCUGGUGACAAGGUUGGUGCGCUCAUGUAGUUGCUGGAUUAUCGUGUUUACUCGCACGACACAACCUACAGUGACUCCUACAUCUAAUGCUAAGCUAAAUAUUUAUGGGGCUAAUGCUGAGCUAAAUUCCCCUGGGGCUAAUGCUAAGCUAACCACCCUUGGGUAAACCACUGAGCGUACUAUUCCUGGGGUUAAUGCUAAGCUAUCCACUCCUGGGGCUAAUGCUUAAUUAUCCACUUGUAUGGCUAAUGCUAAGCCAACUAUCUUGGGGACAGCACUGAGCUUACAACUCCUGUGGCUUAUGCUAAGCUAACCACCUGGGGAUACUGCUGAGUUAGCUAUUCUAGGGGCUUAUGCUGAGCUAACUACUUCUGGGGAUAAUGCUAACCACUCCUGGGGCUAAUGCUAAGCUAACCAUUCCUGGGGCUAAUGCUAAGCUAACUAAUGAUAAGUUCAUUAACAGUUAAGUGGGACAGUGUCUUUGCUUUGUCACCAUGACAGACUCUGCCCACUCUUUAAAAUCACCCCUCUCUCUCUGAGUGUGUGUGUGUGUGUGUGUCGCUCUACCACAGUAACCAUUGGCCUAAUAUGGCGUCUCCGUAGUUUGUAGAAUAAAGUUUUUAAAAAUCAAAGUUGCUGGUUCAACUCCGCGCCUCAGAAACCACGGCAAUGACUGUUACAAAGAAAAUGGAUGCACUUCUUCUUCUUCUCUGAGCAGGGAGUUUGCGCACGGCUCUUUGAUCUUUUCUCGUAUUUCCUGCUGACGCUGUUUGUUUGUUUGUUUGUUUUCUUGUGGCUCUGCCCCCUCACAGCAUGGAUCCGCCUCUACUUGAAGUGAAUGUACAGUUUUCGUCUCCUGUGGUGUUUUGUUUUUUCUCCGUCGUCUCGUUAACGUGGUCAAAAAAGAAAAAAGAAUUUGAUUGGCCGAGGCGUGGAUCACGUGACUCCGCCUCUAAACAUCUUUUUUUUUUUUAAAUCUCUUUUAUAUUUUUGUUGUUUUUGCAUGGACUUCUUUCUUCCUGUUCAUAAUGAUGAUGUCAGAGGUCGUGGGAGGAGGGGUCAGACUGCACUUUGCCCCUCCCCCUGACCUCACUGUUUGUGUUUGGUUCUUUAAACUGUAGUUUGUUUGUUUUUAGUUACGACCUGCACCAAAAACAUGCACACAAACGUUCUUAUGCACGCGGUUUCCUGUUUGCACGCGGUUUCCCGUUUGCACACAGUUAAUGGUUUGUACGCGGUUUCCCGUUUGCACAAGACCACGGAAUAAAAAGCUAAUUGAUUGAAAAAAUUCGGGGCAUUAACUGUGGCAGCUUUGAUCUUUUACUGUUUCCAUGACGACGUCUUGAUGACGUGUUUACAGGUGACAAUGUUGUUGUUUGAACGUGUAAAUGACUCACAAUCACAUGUGCACUUAUUAAAGUGACACAUUUACUCUGA